CUACAGCACACGUUAAAAAAAAUUCGUCUUUUAAAGACAAUUUAAAGAUUAAACGCCUCGGUGCACAUCAGCAGCGGGAUAUUGUUAUAAACCAAACCUUUGGUAAACAUAAUAAAAUUGAUUUAACAUGGAGUGGUUCCCCAGAACAAAACGGCUAGCUAACUGCUAACGUUAGCUUGUCAAAGACCAAAGAAGACGCAUUUCGCUUCCCGCGUGUGUCAGUAAUCGAGGAGGAUGGUAACUGGUUACGAACAGGAUUUCAGGAUCUCAAGCAUCUUUCUGAGAGAGAUUACCAAACAGAAAAGCAGCAAGACAACGCGGUAAAGUUCGACUUGCUCAGCAAAACUAACUGACAGCGCAUACCAACAGGUGCCAAUUAUACAGCCUGCGUGUUGAAGCCUGCCCGGUCGCCACUGACCCUGUUACCCAGCUUUAAUGUCAACUCUUUGGCUCCUAAGUGGAGGGAAUUACCCCACUUUUAGUCACCAAUCAGGAAAAGAAGAAGAGCAACACAGCAAAAUGCAGAGCUUGACUCAUUUUUAACCCAUGCGCUUUUUUCAGUGUCUGACUGCUCCUGCUCUCUGGUGAAACAGGGUCAGGACUGUGUGGAUAAAACCCUGAGGGUUUUGACAUUUCAGCCUCACUGUCUUUUUUUUUUUGUUAUAUACUUUUGCUCCUCCUCUGGCCUCGGUGCUUUUUGGAAGGGGCCCAGAUGAUGGGGGGGCGUUGCUCAGGCAUAUGCAGAGCCCUGGCUCUCUUGGCAUUCCUGUUUCCCUUGCGAGAGAGGGGCUGCUGGGGGCUGAAUCCCAGCUCUGGGGAUCUGGAGAAGUCCCCACACUCUGAUCCAGACCCCUGGGAGGCCCUGCUCAGGCACAAACGCAGCUGGGUAUGGAACCAGUUCUUCGUAUUGGAGGAGUACACAGGAAAUGAACCACUCUAUGUUGGCAAGCUACACUCAGAUGUGGACAAAGGAGAUGGCAAGGUGAAGUAUGUGUUAACCGGCGAGGGCGCAACCUCCAUCUUCACCAUUGAUGAGAACACAGGGGACAUCCAUGCCACAAAGCGCCUUGAUCGGGAGGCACAGCCCUACUACACCCUCCAAGCUCAAGCUGUAGACCGAGUCACCAAUAUACCCGUAGAGCCCAGGUCUGAAUUUGUGGUCAAGGUCCAGGACAUCAACGAUAAUGAGCCAAAGUUUCUUGAUGGACCAUACUUGGCAGGGGUACCAGAGAUGUCACCCUUAGGAACCAUGGUAGUGCAAGUGGCAGCCACAGAUGCAGAUGACCCAACAUAUGGGAACAGUGCCAGGGUGGUCUACAGCAUCACCCACGGACAGCCAUACUUCUCAGUGGAGCCUAAGACAGGUGUCAUUAGAACAGCUCUGCCCAACAUGGACCGGGAGACGAGGGACCAGUAUGUGCUUGUCAUCCAGGCCAAAGACAUGGUCGGCCAGAUGGGUGGCCUCUCUGGCACCACCUCUGUCACUGUCACGCUUACCGAUGUCAACGACAAUCCGCCUCGGUUCACUCACAAGAACUAUCAGUACACGGUUCUGGAGUCGCUGCCGGUGCAAUCUGUGGUGGCCAGAGUCAAAGCGGCCGACGCUGAUAUAGGCUCCAACGCAGAGAUGGACUACAGGAUUAUGGACAGCGACGGGCCUGGCAUGUUCAACAUAACAACAGAUGAGAACACACAAGACGGGGUCAUCAUCCUUCUGAAGCCUUUAGACUUUGAAACAAAGAGCAGCUUCUUUUUGAGAAUCGAGGCCACAAACAGGAAUAUUGACUCCAACUUCUUGAGCUUGGGCCCAUUUAGCGACACGACAUCAGUCAAGGUGAUGGUGGAAGAUGUUAACGAGCCACCCGUCUUUUCCACACCGCUGAGCAAGAUGGUUGUUUCGGAAGACGCCAGAGUGGGCACAUCAAUCGGGAGAGUCUCUGCCCAUGACCCAGACACCUCCAACAAUGCCAUCAGGUACUCCAUUGACAGAAACACAGACUUGGAACGCUUCUUUAAUGUGGACGCUCUCAGUGGUGUCAUCAGCACAGCCAAGCCUCUGGACCGAGAGGCCAACUUGGUCCAUAACCUCACUAUCUUUGCCAUUGAGAGCCAGGACCCAACCCAAAUUGGAAAAGGCAUCGCUCUCAUCACAGUGCUGGACAUAAAUGAUAAUGCCCCGGUCUUUGCCAUAGAUUAUGAAACCCUCCUCUGUGAGAACGCCAUGCCAGGACAGGUGAUUCAGACCAUCAGUGCAGUGGAUAAGGACGAACCUCUGAGCGGUCACCGCUUUUAUUUCGCCCUGGCUGCACCUGUUGCCGGCAACCUCAACUUCACCCUGCGAGAUAACAAAGACAACACAGCCUCCAUACUGACGAAGCGAGGUGGUUUCAGGAGACGAGAGCAAGCUGUGUAUCGGUUGCCGGUGUUGAUUGUGGACAGCGGAAGUCCUGCCCUCAGCAGCACAAACACACUCUCAGUGCGAGUGUGUGACUGUGACUCUGAUGGCGUGGCCUUGUCUUGUGGAGCUGUGGCCUACACCGCGACUGGCCUGAGCACCGGCGCCCUACUGGCUAUUUUAGGCUGCAUCAUCACACUUCUGGUGAUGGUUCUGCUAAUUGUGACUAUGCGUCGGAGGAGGAAGGAGCCUCUGAUUCUCGAGGAGGAGAGGGACAUCAGAGAGAACAUUGUCCGCUACGACGACGAGGGUGGGGGAGAGGAGGACACAGAGGCCUUCGACAUGGUUGCUCUCCGCAACCUAAACGUCAUCAGAGAUCCCAACGUUAGGCGAGACGUCACACCAGAUACUCCCACCUUCUUUCAUUACCCAUCAACUACUCGCCCAUCCUAUAAAUCCCUACCAGACAACGUGGUGUUUCGAGAGUUUAUUUGGGAGCGACUGAAGGAUGCUGAUGUGGACCCGUCAGCUCCCCCGUAUGACUCUCUGCAGACAUAUGCUUUUGAAGGCAGCGGCUCUGUUGCAGAGUCACUAAGCUCUUUGGAGUCACUAAGUACAGACUCAGAUCAGAACUAUGACUAUCUCAGCAACUGGGGACCACGCUUCAAAAAGCUGGCUGACCUGUACGGCAACAGUGACGGCACCAGUGUGUUCUCAUAGCCCCUAAAUGGCCACUCUUAACAUUUCUCAGACUUACGGAAAAAAAAUAAAAAAUAAGAGUAAUUUAUUGUCAGAGAAAAUGAUUUUGUCUGCCUUAGUGCAUCAGAGGAAAUAAAUUCAAAGACAACACAAGAGAGAUUGAAAAAAAACAACGCUUUGACUUCAAAAGGUUUUUGGUUUGUUUACCUCCUUGUGUGGAUUUUUUAAAAGCGUGACAUGGUGAGUUUUGACACAGACUUCAAAGUGGCUUGACUGAGGAGGAGACCUUGUGUGCAAAAGACAUUAAAGGUUUCAAAUUUUGGGCUCCAGUCCAAACAUUGACUGCAGAAUGCAUACAUAUUGAAGCAUUUUUACGGUGAGGCACCUGUCCUUUCAUUCCAGUGAUGGGCGCAGGCCCAGCACUCUUGCUUUGAUGCAUUCCUUUGUGCUAUCUUUGUGCUGAAAAAAAAAAAAAAAAAAAAAACGUUUCUCAUGAAAUGCUGUGUCCCCUGACGGCUAAUCACAAUUUCUGUGUUUUUAUUUUUAUUUUUUUGGUUGGGGAUCAGGGUGAUAAGAAGCUGUUUUUCAUAAACAUUUUUCACAUUAUUCAUGGGCUCAUAUCUCUCAACACAUAUGAAAAGUGCAGCUGCACUCAUACAGUAUGAAAAAGUAGUUGAUGUGCUAAGGAAGUGAUGUGAAGACAUUAAGUUUUGCAAAUAAUAAAAAGAAUGACACGUCAGUUUGUGGCUCCGCUGGGUGAAACAGGAGUAUAGUAAGUAUAAUUUCUCUUAUUCUCCUAACAAUACAUUUUGCAGAUGUUGCAAUGUAGUGUUUGUCAGAGUCUGUUUUUCUUCCACCUUUC